UGGGGGCCGGGGGGGAGGUGGCAGUUGUUGUUGUUCCUGUGAGGAGAUUGAAGGGAAAGCGCGGAGGCGACGCGGUCGCCAUCCUUGCCCAGACUCUGCGAGCUUCAUUACUCGGCCCCCGAGCAGAAAGUCGGCAGGUUCGGCGCCCAUGUGAAGUGCGACACGGCGAUGAACGCCAGGAAUGUCAGUUCAUCCCGGGCGGUUCACGUCGAGUUAAGCUCCCAACAGUUUCUGAAGAGAACAUGAUAGCGGAUGUUGUGCAUGUUGCUGCAACAAAAGCAAAAUAUUUGGAUGCUGGAAAUCUGAAAUAAAAAUAGCAAAUGCUGGAAAUAUCCAGCAUGUCAGGCAACAUCUGUGGGGAGGUAAACAGAGUUAACGUUUCAAGCUAAUGACCUCUCAUGAGAACUGAUCUCCACAUGUUACCUGAUCGACGGCUUCGACAUCUGCGAAGUAUUGCAGCACGAAAUAUAGUUAACAAGAAUGGUUCCCAUCUUCUGGACACCUACUUCAGCCUACACCUAUGUGAUGAUACAAAGGUCUUUAAAGCAUUUUACAUCAGUGAGAUCGUGAAGGAUUCUUUGAAUCCAACAUGGAGGAGUCUAGACUUUGGCUUGAUGCCAGACCGCCUUGAUACUUCUGUUUCAUGUUUCUUAGUGAGGAUCUGGGGCGGAAAGAAAGGACAAUAUCAUCUUGUCAUUGAGUGGAAGGUGAAUCUCGAUGGACUCAAAUACUUGGGACAGCAGAUUCGUGCACGCAAUCCCAAUGAUGUAAUAUUCGGAUUGAAUGAUGGCUACUAUGGAACACCCUUUGAUCACAAGGAACUCAUUGAAAAGAAGAGGAGCAGCCUUCUACAGGUGGACCAGAGCUCUGUGAGGAACUCGUACAGUGUCUUCUCCUUGCUCAGACUUCAUACUGCUCAACGUGCAAUAAAACAGACUCAGGUAACUGUUCAGAAAGUAGGCAAGGAAAUCGAGGAGAAAUUGAGACUAACUGCAUCUACUACAAAAAUGAAAAAGGAACGGGAACGUUUGCAGCUGAAGAUCUUAGUGCUUCGGAAUGAACUAGAGAGACAGGAGAAGGCACUUGGGCGAGAAUUGGAGGUGUUGCAGAAGGAGCGGAUUGCAUUCCAGCACAAAGAAAAAGUAUUCUUGAGUAAACGGCAUUGUUUACAAGUGGAAGACUCGUCUAUGGAUGAAAAAAGGAAAGAGUGCAUAGCUAAAAGAGAGUACUUCCUGAAGACUAAUGCUCAACUGAAUAUUCGGUGUCGGCAGCUGUUGUCGGAACUGUCAUACGUUUAUCCUAUUGAAGUGAAUGAUCAGAAGGAUUAUUUUAUGUGUGGAGUCAAACUACCAAAUUCAGAAGACUUUCAAGCAAAGGAUGAAGGGAGCAUUGCUGUUGCCUUGGGCUACACAGCACAUUUGGUGCUCAUGAUUUCCUAUUUCCUGCAAGUGCCACUCAGGUAUCCUAUCAUCCAGAAGGGUUCCAGGUCCACAAUCAGGGACAACAUCACAGACAAGCUUUCUGAGAAGGAAAGAGAGUUCCCUCUGUAUCCAAGAGGAGGAGAAAGGUUUCAGUUUGAAUAUGGAGUUUAUUUACUAAACAAAAAUAUCGCACAGCUAAGAUACCAGCAUGGCCUAUCCACACCAGAUCUCCGGCAGACGCUGCCUAAUCUGAAAAGCUUCAUGGAACAAGGGCUAAUGGUGAGGUGUGAUCGGCCUCUAUCCACUGCCAUUCCUGUGCCUCGAAGGCGAACAACUACCACAUCUGCAGGUUCAGAUAUGCUGUUUCACAGCAGACCCAUUGCUUCUCCAGAAAGGGCUUGGAGGAAGUCACAUGGGAGCUCUGAAGAAGAUCUGCCCCCCAGCUACAAUGCAGCAAUGACUCAUGCUAUAACCCUCGAGGCACAACCAAAAGAUGACCAUAAAGUCUGUACUACUUCAACACUAGUAGUUUCAGAUGACUCCUUCAAAGCUGGAGACCAGGAGAAGGAUGUGUGCGAUGGCUUUAAGAAUGGAGUUCACAGCAAUGAAAAUGGCAUUGUUUAUGAAGUGGCCCAGGCACAAGAGGUUAUCACUGAGCUGUCAUCUGAAGUGAAUGGAAUGACUUUGCCUAACGCACAUGCAAGCAGCACUAGUAGUCCCCCUUCAGGUGAUUUAAGCCACCCCAUGGGUGGUGGCACCUUCUGCUCCGUUGAACGGGCCGAGGAAAUCAUAGGAAUGGAAGCCACGGGCUUCAGCUCGGAAGAGCAACUGGAAGGAUUCUGCAUUCCCAUUGAUCAUGCUGUGGCAGUGGAGAGCGAUGCCCAAGUUCUGGCUGAACUCGACGCUGAAGGAUUUGAGGAGUUCUCCAGGAGGAUCUGUGCACUGAACGAGAACAUAUCGAGUUUCCGUCGGCAUCGCAAAGGGUCAGAAAAGUGAGACGCACUGUUGGUUAUAGAGAUACCAAGGCAGAACAGAGAUUUGGACUGGAAUAGAAGACCAAAUUGCACUUCUUUUUGAGAUGAUUUGUAGCGAUGAAAUUAUGGGCAUUGUUGCUAGUCUCAUGGUGAGAUGGGGAGAAAACAGUUAGGGAUCAAAACCUGAAACAGUGCAGAUGCUGGGCUUUCAGACUGAGAUCCUAGUAAGAGAUGAGGGUGGAGCAAAUGUACCUAGAUCAUGGUUUUGCAGAUUGACUUCAUGCCAUCCAUGGCUGCAUGUUUGCAUCAACCAGCCAACAUAUGCCACCAGAAUUGUUAGCUGCCCACCCUUCCCAAUCAAAUGGAAUCAGUCAAUUCCCAAUAACUGCACAAUUUGAUUCCCUCCUUGGAGGGGUGAAGAGCAGGGAGCAAAUCCCCAUUACUGAAACAGAUUAUGACCUCCCAUGUUUGCCAAACAGAAUAUGUGCAAUGACGUUAUAGAAUAGAGUUGCUUUGAAAUGAUAUGAAGUUUCUGAAUCCCUCAAGUCUUCCCUUUAAGUUGGAAGGUUGUUGGAUUCUUUUGGUUAGGCUCCCCGGAAUAAUCAGACAGUUCAGAAAAGUAAGAUGUUUAAGCUUUGCUACUGAAAUAGAUUUAAGGUAUUUGGGGAGGAAAAAAGUUGGAAGUACUGUAAAUUAGAAUCAGUAAUUUGGCGGAAACCAUUUUGCUGAGAGCAACAGGGUUUCUACUGAGCAGCUCAAAGCAUCAAGUGAAUAUAGUUUGAAUUUAAGUUACCAUAUAAUGCCUACCUAUGUAUGCUAUUUUUUUGACUACACAUUGUGCAGGCUCAGGUAUUGUUUAGCUAUUUGAUUUUAGUCUGAACCUCUCCCCUUCACAGCGGCCCCAGAUCUGCCAAUAAAACUGAAUACAGGGAAAAUGCUCUCGACUGAUCACUUAGAGGCUGAAAGUGAAUGAUCGUUGGUCAUUCAUGAACUUAAUUUGAUGUGAGGCUCCUAUUCAUUUCCUUCCCCCUCCCUCACUUCCAAAAAAUGUAAAUUUCUUUCAAAUUUAAUCUCUGAAAUAUUGUGUCUGAAAGAACCAGUGUUUUAAAAUGUGGACACUUAAAUUUUGGUGCAGCAGCUUUAGGAAAUGGUGAUCUCUGCUUCUGUAGCUUAUAGGUGCACUGUCUCCAGCACUGCUGCUUACAUGUGUUGCACAGGUGGUCUUGAAUUCAGUAUUGCUGCCUACCUGUGUUGGACCUAAUCAAAGAGUACCAUCUACCAGUAUAGAUAAAAAGCAUUCAUUUUUUUGGCACUCUUCAUUUUUUUAAUUAUAAUUAAUUAUAAAAAAUAUUAUUUAUAUUGUCCAGUUGGAUUUGAUCUGCACAGCAUGCAGUAGCAGCUGGGGAUAUGUUACACUGGAUUAAGCCUGCUAAGAUGACAAGGACAUGUUUCAUUCAAGAUUAAUGGUUCCUGUUAUUUUCAUACUAAAAAUUUGAUCAAUCUAAGUUCUUUUUCCUUCCUCCCUCUCACUUUUCAUUCAAAAAAAAUCUCUGAAGAUACAGAAGAUAAGUGAACUAAAUAUUUUGAAACCAAAAGGUUUGACCUGGUGUGGAGAAUUAAACUAAUAAUUGCAUCCAAGUAUUAACUAGUUGCGCAAUCUGUGAAUUGUAAACUUCUUCCCCACUGCUUUCUAGCAGUGGUGUUCUGAUACAGCCCAGAGGACAAUGUGUACGUACUUCUGUUUUCCCCCCCCCUCCAACCACAGCCUUUGGGAGCCUAGUUGCGGGAUGUGCUCCAGGCCAAUUGUGGCCUGCCCCUUGCAGGAGUUGGGGAAUGAGUUGGAAUCAGUGCUUCCUGCUCUGGCUUCUGUACAGCAGGUCAGAGAACCAUGUUAAAGUAAAACAACAUGGUUCUGUGGGAGGGUGGAGAGCUGGUUUUUUUGUGGGCAACUAUCCUGACUCCUCUUGACGACCACCCACAGGUAGAGAAACUGAAAUGGCACAUACAGGACCCUUUGUCCAUAGUGCAGCAUUGUGAAGAGUGGUCGUUCAGUGGAGCAUUGAUUUACAGUUGUGGACAUUUGUCAAAAAAAAUGGGUAAAAACUGCUUUAAAGAUACUGGCAUUAUGAAUGCAGCACUUAUGUUUGACUAGUACUAUAAUAAUGUAUUGUUCUAUCAUCAUGAUGCCCAUAUGGUUCUAAUCUAAAUAUGCCUUGUUAUGUUCUCUCUGAAAGUUGUUGGAUGAGCAUGUGGUUGCUCAAGGUUUCCCCAGAAGUCAUUUGUGGUGAAAUGUUGCACAGUGCAUACUUCCAACCUGACAACAUGAACAAAUCAGGUGGGAAAGGUUGAAAAUGUAACCUUUGAGUUAAUGGAAAAGUGAUGUACAAAGGUGCUGACAUGUCCCUUGUCUUGGGAAAGCCAUGACUUCCAAUUUCUGUCUUACACCAUGGAUGAUUGAGGCCCCCAGAUUGACUGUUAGUUUCCCAGAUGAUUUAAAUCGAUAGGAAACUGAAUCUUACAUCUGCAGGUUGUACUUCAGUAAUCGAGGCCAUUUCCUCAGCUGACAAUCUCGCGAGUUUAAAUGGCUUGGCAUCUUUCCAUAAUGGCCAGAGCAUAUUUGCUUUUUAUUUCAAGCAAGGCCAGAGCUCAGAGUGAACUCUUUUUGUUGACUUCAUCCAGUCAUGCCAAUGUUUUUGGUGUGUGAACAUAUUUUAUUUUCAUAUAUCUUAAAUGCCACACCAGUUUCUUCAAUACGUGCUUUGAUUGAUUCGUUGUUGCUUCAGGUCGUCCAUUGGGAAAACUAGUGAUCAGUAACUUAUGCUAACAACCUCCUUUGGAGGCAUUGGAUCUCAAACUGGUGUUCAAAUGCAGUCCAGACUUCCUGGACCAGAGAUUACAUUUGAGCUUGGCUUUGCACACAAGGAACAAUCUACAAACACCUCGAUGCUUUUACCAAAUGAGGUACAAUCACCUGUCUGCAGAAAUUUAAUGCAUCUGAUCAAAACACCCCCCCUCCCAUCGUCCCACAAAGUUUAAUACUUUAGACUACAAAACAAAUGUAACCAAUAACAAUGACUUACCCUAUCAAAUAAGGUAAAAAGUGAACACAUUGUUAAGAUGGAAUAUUGUUCUCGGCAUUUAUAAUUAAAUCCUAUAACCUUGA